AUGGAGGGUGACGGUACGGCGCUCGCGGCAGCGCCACCCUUGCUGCUGCCCAGCAGCGCUCCGCAAGGUGUGCAGGUACGGAGGACUGCGGCGCUCAGAGGCCACAAAGAUCGUGUUUGGUGCGUGCGCUGGUGCCCUACGGCCCCUGUGCUCGCCUCCUGCUCCGGUGACACCACUGUCAAGUUUUGGGGCCGCAGCCGGUCCGCGGAGAACGGUUGUGAGGCGUGGACGUGCCUCAGCACUUUGGAAGGGGAGCAUAGCCGCACCAUUCGUCACAUCAGCUGGAGUCCUAGCGGUGAAUACAUUUCGUGUGCCUCUUUCGAUCACACAGCUACUGUGUGGCGGCGCAACGGCGGCGACGAGUACGGCUUCGAGAUCGAGGGCGUUCUGGACGGGCACGAGAGUGAAGUGAAGUGUGUUGAGUGGGCGACCGACAGCAUGCUCGUCACGAGCGCGCGUGAUCACACGGCGUGGAUUUGGGAGCGCGUGGAUGAUGGCGAAUACGAAUGCGGCGGUGUCUUGACGGGGCACGUCCAGGACGUUAAGCACUGCCAGUUUGUGCUGCCACAUAACGAUGGCGACGUGCCGCUGGUCGUGACGUGCGGGUACGAUGAUACAAUCAAGGUGUGGUCCGAGGGGCACCACCACGAUGACUGGCAGUGUGUGCAGACGAUGGCGGCGCACGAGGCCACCGUCUGGGCCACAGCCCUCCAGAAGCUCGAGGUGCCAAUGGAACUGGUCAGGACGUCGCACGCCAAUCAUGCGCCUCUGCCCCAGCCUUUGCUCUGCAGCUGCUCAGACGAUCUGUCCAUCAUCUUCUGGAAGCGCAACGCUGAGGGCAGGUUCGUUGAAGCCGCUCGCAUCUCUGGCUUUGCGGAGCGCUCUUUGUUCGACGUGGACUGGGCACCGCACAACGCACCAGUGGUGGCGUGCGCCAGCGGUGACAACAGCUUCUCGCUUCUGGGUGUCUACAAGGAUGAAACGGGCGUACACGCCUGCACUCUGGCGCGCGUCGCGGAUGCGCACUUGGCGGACGUCAACAGUGUCAGCUUCGCUUCUCAAGGGACCCUCACAGCGUGCAACGCGGAGGGCGAAAAGACAGGCGUACUGCUGGCCACUGCUGGCGAUGACAGCGUGAUCCACCUGUGGACCGUGUCCGCGGAGAUGGCGUGA